CCAAGUACUACUUCCCUAUGUGCUUUCUAAAGGACAAGAGAGGCUGGAUCACGAGAUCGCAGGGGCGAUUGCCAGGGACGGGUGUCUUAAGGAGACGCCUCUUUCAAGUUGACUGUGCUGAGUUCCGUGACCCCAAGAUCUUCUGUACCCGGGAAUCUAAUCCCCACUGUGGCUCGGAUGGCCAGACAUAUGGCAACAAAUGUGCCUUCUGCAAGGCAGUGGCGAAAAGCAAUGGGAAGAUUAACCUAAAGCAUCACGGGAAAUGCUGAAUUAUGGCCAGUGUUUGAUGCUGUCUUGUUGAUACCCAUCAUUUUUUUUUCACUUCUGCUUUUACUUUUUCCUAGCAAAUGCCUUACAUG